AUGGAUCCCCUUUUGGUCGUGUGGAGUAAGGGGAGAGAGGGGGUACUAUCAUAUACAAUGGAAACUCUACGUGACAUGGCUCUGCCACCAGGAUUUGGAUUCCAUCCUAAGGACACUGAACUCGUUGCUCACUAUCUGAAAAAGAAAAUACUUGGUCAGAAAAUUGAAUAUGACAUUAUACCAGAGGUGGAUAUAUACAAGCAUGAACCAUGGGAUUUACCUGCGAAGUGCAAUGUUCCAACACAGGAUAACAAGUGGCAUUUCUUUGCUGCUCGAGACAGAAAGUAUCCUAAUGGUGCUCGGUCAAAUAGGGCAACGGUUGCUGGGUAUUGGAAGUCUACUGGAAAAGACCGGGCCAUUAAGGUGGAUAAGAGGACCAUAGGAACAAAGAAAACUUUAGUUUUUCAUGAAGGUCGGCCUCCCACUGGAAAACGUACUGAGUGGAUUAUGCAUGAAUACUACAUAGAUGAGAACGAAUGUCAAUCCUGCCCUGAUAUGAAGGAUGCCUUUGUUCUAUGUAAAGUUACUAAAAGAAUUGACUGGACAUCAGAGAAUGGUAACGAGGUGGGCAAUAAUAACCCUCAGCCACAACAAGCAAAUGUUGCUGCUAUUUUAGCUGUCAGUGUUGAACAGCCAGAUACUGCUGCAUCAUCAAUUAUUGGUGAUGAACUUCCAAGUGAUGCUGCUACCGUAGCUAUCCCUGCUCACAUGACUCCAGAUGGGAAUGAUGACCUUAAAGAAUGGCUGGAAGAACUGCUUGAUACCUCCUUUGAUCCUUCUGCUAACACUGCAGUGGAUUCUGUUUCUGCUCAACUGUCUCCGGAUGAACAAAAUGCUGAAUCAUUGAACAUUGGUGCUAUGGCUCCGAAGGUGGAACUGGACUAUGCCAGUCCUAACCAGACUGUGGUAGACGAUACAGACUUCCUGUUGCCAGAUGAUAUUCACUCCAUGUUGUAUCCUGGUAGUGAUGACUUCACUUCAUGGCAGCAAACAUACUUUACGGCGGCGGAUCCCUUCAGUCUGUCAAACAACUUCAUGGAUGAAUUUCAGAUGAAAGAGCUACAGUUACCUCUGGAAAAUAAUGGGCCUAAUCUGUAUGAACCUGCUGAUACUGGAAUUGUAGUGCGAACACGUCAUGGGGGAACAUCUGCAGCUAGCGUUCCACCAUACAAGGCUCGACUUCAGCAAAGUCUUGGCAGGAUGGUUACGAGCAGCUCUGAAUCCAUCAACCAGACUAUCAAGUUCGUUGACAAUAACGGUCAUCUUGAUCUCAUGACUAAUGUGAAACACCAGAAGAAACAUGUGCGUGAUAUUACUUGUGCCAGGCAGUCUGAUGCAGAGAAGUGUGGAAGUCACAACAACCAAGGAUUUUUCAGGGGCGUCCAAAGGGCAUUUAGAGGCUGUUCAGCAACAGGACUCAAUAUACUCGUUGCUCUUUGCAUGGUUGGAGUUGCUGCAGCAAUACUGCACCAUGGACGUCACCGUGGCGGGAUCAGUUUGUAG